AGUUAGGGCAAUGUUAGCGGUCAGCCAAAACAGAAUUUUAGCGACCAAAACCCAAACCUCAAGCCCAUGAUUUGGGCACGGACGGGCCUCGAAGUCCGGGAAUAAGUUGCGAUCAAAAGCGGUACUUCUUUUUUUCAAACGAUGCUCUCCUCGCCAACAUUUGAAUCCUUUUUUCUCCUGCGAUCAGGUGAAACUUCUUUGAUUGCUAUGAUAUAGGAAUUCAAUGACAAGGAUGUUUUCUUCUUGCCCUUUUUGUCAUAUGACUGUUCCCUUCACUGAACUGGAAUGGCAUGCCAACAAUCACUUUGCGGAGGACGAACUUGAAAGAGACAUGGCAUUGGCACGGCAACUUGCUCUAGCUCCACCAAGUCCUAGAACGAAGGAUAAGCCAGCAAAUUAUGUGGAACCAUCUGUUGUUUAUUCUGGAAGAACACCAGAAACAAGCAUUGACCAUAGUUCAUCUGCUAAUAGAAAAAUUCUUGAUCAAGAAAUAUCUUGUUUGGUGGAUUUACAAAUUAGAAGCACCUUCUAUGAGGUUGAAGGUGGUCUUAUGGCUUUGUUGAGGAGAUGCUUGGAAUUAGAAAGUGAAAAUUCAAGAAGUAUAGUAUCAGGCCACAUCGAUCACUAUCAGAUUAUCGAGUCAGAAGAUGCUGGUUGGGGCUGUGGAUGGCGUAACAUUCAAAUGCUUAGCUCUCAUUUAUUAAAACAGAGACAAGAAGCUAAAGUUGUUCUGUUUGGUGGUUCUGGAUUUGUUCCUGAUAUUCCCUCACUGCAGAGGUGGCUUGAGAUUGCUUGGGAAAGAGGCUUUGAUACUCCUGGCUCAGAGUCAUUUGACCAUAAAAUUUAUGGCUCUAGGAAAUGGAUCGGAGCUAUUGAGUGUGCCACACUCUUCCGUUCUUUUGGGCUUCGAGCAAGAAUUGUAGAUUUUGACAGUACAGCCUUGUCAAAGCAACUAAAUAAUGGAGAAUCUAAAGGAAAAAAGAUAAAGAAACAAGUUUAUGGGCCAAUGGAUAAGUUUUUGCUCCGCACAAAUUGUGAUGAUUUUCAAGUUGGUCCUUCAUCAUAUGAAAAUUCUUGGCAGGAACAUCAUUCUUUAGCUAGACAUCCCAAAGAUACUAUGAUAAAUGGUGAUGGUUCCAGAAAAUAUGAAAGGAAGAUCAAUGGUCAUCAGGUCCUUGUUGAUUGGGUCUGGAACUAUUUUACAAGUGAGAUUGGUGGCAGAUUGGAUAAUUCUGAACAUGUCCUUAUCAGUAAUAAAACCAGGCCUUUGUACAUCCAGCAUGAUGGCCACUCACGAAUUAUUGUUGGGAUUCAAAUGCAAAGGAGAGUGCGUGAAUCACAAAACCAAUUCAUUCUCUUGGUUUUAGACCCUGCUCAUAGAACAGCAGCUUUAGAACGGUCUCUUAGAGAUAGAAACGGUUGGCAGCAACUGAUAAAAAGAGGGGUUCACACGUUUAAAAAGCCCCAGUAUCAGUUAUGCUAUGUUGAUCCUGGGGUUGCCCGUGGAGAAGAGAUGGAGCAGCUCAAGACUAUUAAUAGCAUAUUAAUUAAAUUCUAGAAGGAUGACUGUGAAGAAGAUAAAUGCGUGAACUCAUCUAAGGUUGGGGACUAUUUGCUGAAAGGAAGACUUCUAGGCUGGAUCAGCUACCUCCUCCCUUAAGAAUGCAGAUAGUGUGAUGAUUUGCUGAGUGUAAGACUUCUAGCCUGGAUGAACUCUGCAGGACUGGUGCCAAGGUGAUGGCAAAAUCUCUACGAAAUGGGCAGCUACUCAAUAUGCCAUCAUGAACAGCAUUUCGUAAACUCAUGGAAGGCGAACAGUUUAUGGAGGCAACAAUCAGUACUGGUUGAAAGGCAAUUUCCAGCUUACGUAUAUGUCAUGCUUCUAGUGAAGAUUUGUGUCUAGAUUAUACACUCCCUGGCUAUCCUGAUUACUUUUUCAAGGGGGGAGAAAGCAUCUUAGUGAAAGCCAGAACAAUUUAGCAGUAUUUUUCUUUGUUUCAUAAUCAUUUCAGCAUAAUAUUAUUGAAUUGCUGGUAAAUGUGCACUUCUUUCGUAGUCGAUGCUAAGAUAGGAAUUAUGCAGCAGAUGGAAGCGUUUAGGUCAUGAUUCAAUCACGUUUAAAAUUUCUAAAUUUCAGAUAGUACUAUCAUUCUGUUGGCUUGUCACAUACUAGCUCAAAUAUUUUCUCUUGCUUAUUUUUA